AUGACACUAAAUACACCAAUUACACAUUUAGUCGCUGAAGUCAAUGAAGCUAUUAUAUCAAUUUAUAAGUCGACAGAUUCAAAGGAGUUGAUACCAAAACAGCACGAAUCAGUCAUCGUGAAGAACGUCUUAGAACUCACAGAAAAAGUCGAGGACGUAGUGAGUAAAGAAUAUGACGGGUAUGACGUGUUAACAACUAAAAUCCGUGAGAAGGUCGAAUCGGUGAACGGGAACAUCAUUUCUUUAUCACUCUUGAAAUCAAAGGAAAAAGUCUUGGACGCGCUAUUUAACAUAUCUGGAGACUGCAGUUCUCUAGUUGUCAUUUUUGCACUUUCGCCAUUUUUGCGGAUGGUCCAUUUCAAGGAAGUCACUUGUGACUUGGUGCGUUCUAAGACGGAUAUAAAGGACUUUCCACAAAUCUUGUUUACCGUCCAACAAUAUCACCAAUUACUCAAGUCUCUCGCAAAUGAUUCAAACAUCGAUAAAGGAAGUAAAGACAAAAUCGAAGCGAUUUGUGUUGGUCUCGAGAACAAAAUGGAAAUGUGGGCAUCGGCGUAUAGAAAUAAACAAAAGCAAGACGGACUUUAUAAAGAAGUGUUGGAGGAGUUUGAGAAGUGUGGAGAUGUUGUACUCGAAGCACAAAAAGUCGUUGAAAAAGUUGUUGAAAAUUACACAAAGGAAAAGAUGGGAAUUAAUCAACAACUCGAUAAGAUCAGAGACAAGACGAGUGACACGCAGAAGAAGGCGAAAAACGAGAAAACAGAACGAAUCGAACAACUUUUAACAAAAGAAGAGAGAGAGGAAGCGAAGAGCGAGAGCGAAAAGGCGACUGACGAAGAGUCGAUUGAAAAGUGUCAACAAAUAGUGGCGGAGUCCCAAAGAAGCAAAUGA